UCAAUCUAUUUUUUCUUCUCGAACAUUGUGGACGCUUUCAGAGGCAAGAAAGUUUCCUCUCUUGCAUUUAUUCAGCAAAACUUAACUAAAUUGUGACUAAUAUAUCCAAUUAAAAACAAAGAAAAAUUGUCUAUUAAAAACGUAAAGCCAAUUUGGUGAACAAUUUAGCAACAACAAAAGCAAUAUAAGUUUAGUAGUAAUUUUCCUCAGAGUAAACGCUUACUGCGUUUUAUUUAAAAAACUACCAUCGGAAAACAAAUGCAAAGUUGAAAGAAUACUUUGUCUGCUACAAAUAAACUUUAAAAAUUUUGAGGAAGGAAUCGUGCUGCAUCAGUGCUGGCUUGCAAAAAUAAAAAAAGAGCGUUAAAAAUACUUCAAAAUACACGUGACUAAAUUGAAAGUUGAUAUCGCAAAAGCAUAGCUGCUCUGCAGACAAAGGAAACUGUGACCAGAAGAGCAAGUAUUGAUGUUCGUCGUGUGUAUUCCUACUUUCAAAUAAGGAAUUGCAAACAAAGAAAUCAUCAGUCAAACGUUCAAUUUGAAGCCUGUCUUUGUACAUCCACUGCAAACAAGUAAUAAACCAGGUUAGGUAAAACCACUUCUAUAGUCAGAAGGCAAAAAAUUGUCUUUGUAUUCGACGCGGAAUUGCAUGAAAAGUUGCUGCAUUUACUAAUUCCAAGUGUGGGGUAACAACAAAGUGUGGAGUAAUAACAAACAAUAACAAAAAACAGAAAAUAUAUUGGAAAAAAGACACCACAAGUAAAAAUAACAAACAACGCAAAUAUGCCAGCUGAUUCGAUUUCAAGGAUGGACUCCAACGGUUCUGGUGGCGAGGCUAAUCCGCCCGAAAAUUUACUCGGUACCUCACCCGGUGCCUCAAGUUUACGCAGUCGCACUGAGAGUGAAAGUUCUGACAAGCUAGCGCGUUUCGUUCUGCCCAGCAUGGAUGGUAGUCCACCAAAGGUGCUAACACUGAACGAAGUGGGUGAUGUGCUAAAAAAUAUACAAAACAUGGAACUGGUGCACGAAAUUGCAAUUAAUCCAGAGUUUAAAUUCGAGCCUUAUGAACCACCAGAGAACAGCCUGGAACGCCGCAUCAAAGAUAUUAUGCAUAAAGCCUUCUGGGAUGUAUUGCGUGGUGAAUUGAAUGAAAAUCCUCCUCGCUAUGAUUACGCCCUACAAUUGUUGGCUGAGAUUAAAGAUUGCUUUCCACAAAUCAUCUCGCAGAAUAAUACACGUGCCUUACAGCACAUCAACGAAAUACUGGACAUCGAUGUACUCAAGCAACAAGCCGAGGAGGGUGUCCUAGAUUUUAGAGCUUAUGCAAAUUUUGUCAUACAAAUUAUGGCUAAGUCGUGUGCACCAGCCCGUGAUGAAAUGGUGCGUCAGUUAACUGAAAUCACAGAUGUGGUGGAUACUUUUAAGAAUAUACUGGAAACAAUGGCGCUCAUGAAAUUAGAUAUGGUCAACUGUUUACUCGAUUUUGCACGCAAUGACAUUAUGGCCAAUUCGGUGGAAUAUGAAAAGAAGAAAUUCAAGGAGUAUUUGGAGUAUUACAAAUUUGGCUUCCCAGCCACCGAAAAUUGGCUGAAGAACAGUUGUGCACAUGAUGUCAAUAAUGUGCCCUCAACGCCAGAACAAACCAUCUCCAAUGCUUACAUGCAACUUAUGGAUUGGGACGAGUCCAUGGAGUUCCCAGAGGUGCUGUCGGUUGACAAGGAACGUAUCUUGAAACUGGGCCAACGUGCCAAACGUAUUUGCACAUGCGCGGCAGUCAUCUCCAUUUGCUCAGGUGUGCCGAUUAUUUCGCAACGCUCUGAAAAUCGUGUCGCACUUGCCAAGCAAAUUGAAAUCAUAUUGCAAGGCACUACUAAUAAAAAAGAGCUCUUGGAUUCGAUAGAAAACGUUUGGCUGCAAGUCAAGACGGUCAUAAAUGGUUACUUGCAAAAGGAAAAUCAACCGAUAAUGGAUACUAAUACGGAGGAAUUAUUGUUUUCGCAAAUAAUGCAGGCGGGCAACAAGGAUUCACCUGUAGGCCAACUAAUGUGGAAACGUUUUCAAACAUAUUUCCGUUUGGCCCUACGCUCGCGAGCCGGUUUGCCACCGCCACCACCUGGCUAUGCGGAUUUCCAAGAUGAACUCGAGGCUUAUACCACUGCCUUAAAACGCGUAAUUGCCUAUAAUCAUUCCGUCUUCGGUGAAUACUUUAUGCGUGUCCUCACACAACAGCCUUUCGCAAGCAGCGCAGCAACAGUAACUACGUCCGAUGCUGCAGCUGCUGGCGGCACCACAGCAAGGGAACAGGACUCUGCUGACAAUGCCGCUGCUGCUGUCACUGCCGAGGAGAAGGCUACACAGAGCCAAUAAUUGAAAUAUAUGCUGGCGUAUUGUGAAGGACAAGCGGCAGUAUGUGCUGUGCGUGAAUAUGUGGUGCGAAUGUUGUUGUCAGACAAUUGCUGCCAUUGGCCUAAAUUGAUUUCAUAGAAUAAAUCGGAAGUUUUGUAAACGAAAUAACUAACAUAGCCCACUUUGCUGUGCCAGAAGUGCAGAGAAUUUACUAAUGAAGGAGGCGUAGCAGUUAGGGUGGCGCACAUGCAGAAAAUCGAAAAUUUUUCUUACCCAAAAAACAAAAAAAAAAACAAACGUAAAUUUAUCGCAAAUGGAUAACGUUAGAAACAAACAAAUUGAAUGAGAUUAAUAAUGAAGAAAUGCAUAGUCGAAAAUGGUAAAAAUUAUACAAAUUCAAACGUUAAAACGUACUAUUAUUUUAUUUUAAAUAAUUGUUUCACAAAAUUAUUAAAUGAAGCGAAGUUAAAUUCAAUGCGAAAUUAUAAAACUUAGUUAAAAAAUCGAAAUCUUUAAUUUUAUUUUGCUUUUAUAUAGCGACAAAAGCUUCGUAAGGCCAAUGAAAAUUUAUAAACAAAACCAAAAAAAAUUAAAAUUAUAUUGGUGUUGCUUGCAGGAACGGAAAUGAGACUUGAAAUGCUUUGAAAUUAUGUUUAACAUUUCCGUUAGUCAUAUUUACCGUUUAUUGUAACUGCACACUUGUGUGUGGAAUCUAUUUAUACACGAAACUGCUUAGUAUAAAAAGUUUUAAAACUUGGUUCUAGCUAUUAGCAUACAAAACACCAACGAUUAGGUGCGAUAAUCUAGCAGAGGACUACUUUUAGUUGAAACUCCUAACUCAACCACCAACCACAAUGAAGUGAUACCGUUUUUUAUUUACCAGCAUUUUACGAAUUUUUAUAUACCCACAUACAUAAUACACACAUAAACGAACUGAAUUUAGUGAAUGACUUAUUCGAAGGCAUGUAACUAGAACAUAUAAAUAUAUUGUGAACAAAUUGUUACAACAGCUAUCUUUUUUGUUGUAAUUUACUGCAUUAAUUUACAUUAUUUAUUUAUUUUCUUUAUUGGAAAAAGGAAGAGAUUUCUUAAUUAGAAAUGUGUUGUGAUAUUGAGAACUAUUAACAUUAACCCUAAUACUACCUAUACAUAUAUAGAAUAUAUACAUUAUACAACCGAAUAUGAUAUACUAUACAAUUCUAGAAACAUACAUACAUACAUACAAUACAUAUGCGUAAUAUUCAUGGUUGCGCUGAGGAAAGCAACUUUAACACAAUUGAUUAUAAUUUUAUCUCUAGCAUAUACAAUUAAUGUGAAAAAUAAAUAAAUAUUAUAAAAUACA